CAAACAUGCAUGCGCUAUCAUGUUCACCAUCCUCGACGCCGCCGAUGGCAAUCUCAACAGCAACCGGCCGAAGACGUCGGCAGAUCGCGCCUGCGAUCAGUGCAAAAGCAGAAAGGUCCGCUGCGACAUGACCAAGCCGUGCCUGACUUGUGCUGCCAAAGGCUUCACAUGCACCUACGAUAGAGCGAGGAAGAAGCGCGGCCCAGCAGGAAAGCGAAUUUCGGAGAUCCAGUUGCACCAGAGGAGCAUGUCUACCGGCGAUCACGAAGUUGUGCGACCGCUGCAAAGUCCUCCAAUGAGUGACCUCUUCCGCGUCUCCACAGCACAGUUCGAUAGCAAAGGCCAUCCCGUCGAGAAUGGCUACACUAACGAUUCGAUGCCCUGGUCUGCAACGACUCUUUCUCAGGGCUCUGUCGGCUACAGUCCCAAAGGCUUUGCAGAUGUCGAUUAUCAGCAACAACAAGCAGCAGCUCCACGCUUGGCGCCAUCCGAGCACUCCGGACGUGCUUCUACUGGAGAUGGCAUGAUGACUAGUCCGAACGGUUUUAUAUUCCCAAGUCUUCCCGCAGAGUCGCCUUCGGGUACCGCAGACCCAUUCGUCGCUAUUCUGGAACAGGAACUGCCACCUCUCGCUGAAGCAGCCGAUGUGUGGCCUGCUGAAGUGAACGAGACAACCUUACUACCUUGGAUCGAUGUCUACUUUAAACGCUUACAUCCGACUAUACCGAUCUUGAACAGGACGAAUAUCCACUCCGACAUGCUACUACGCAAGCAUCGCAUCGAACCACAAUAUGGCGCCAUGUUGCUCAGCAUGUGUGCCUUUGCCAUGACUCAACCUGUACAAAUUCAUGAACGAGCUUCGAUGCCUUCGCGAUCUGUUCAGGCUCGCAUGCUAAUGGAAGAAUGUGUCAAGAUGCGAGUUGCGGCAGAUUUUGGCGAAAAUCCAACAAUGGAGAUGAUACUGACCAGCUUCUUCCUCUUCGCUUGCCUGUUUGGCAACAAUCAGCACAAGGCAGCUCGUCACCGGUUGAGAGAGGCAGUGGAUCUAGCAUACUCUCUGCGUCUCCACUUACCCGAAUCAUAUAAUGGUCUCACACCCGAAGCCAAAGAACAGUGGCUGCGAACGUAUCUGGUGCUCUCUGUCACAGAACGCGCGUAUGCGCUACAGCAGAACCACGCAAUUAGCUUCCGCGGUCGGCCUGGUAUUACAGCUCGCUUCAUGCAGGCUUUUGAUCCCAAUGUGACAAGCGAGUACAUAGCUUCGCUCAUCUUCCAGGACCAGUCAGACUCGGUGGGCAUGACAGGCUUGUUGUACCUCAUGGACACCUUCGAUGCCAUCGAUGAGAGCGUCAUGGAUUGCUGGAACGGAUUUUGUCGAUUCAGUGACGGAUCAUGCGAGACAUUCGAUCGCCGCAGAGCGCUGCAAAUGUUCCGAGCUCAAAGAAGAGCGCGUGAAGCGUGUAUAUCUGGCAACAUCUUGUUUGCGCCGACAGUCAACCCGUUGCCACUUUCACAGUUACUCGAGAGUCAGCAGGCAGACAUCUCCGUCACUCAAUUCUGGACGCUGAAUCGACUGUGGAAUCUAUGCCUGUCUCAUCAACUCCUACGAGAACAGUCGGACCACUGGGAACUACGACUUGAAUUUGCUUGUCAUAUCGCUCAUGCCUUAUUGAGCUACUGCCAGAAGCUGGCUCUGGCUUCUAUGGAGGUUCAUGGAGUGGGGAUUAUGGAGAAGGUGUUCGAUAUGGCAAUGGGUGUCAUCGUCGCGAUGAACACUUCAGCGAGCUUACAUUUGGACCUGGCCAUCACACCUAUCGAGAAUGAUGUGAUACCUGGGAGCUUCGUCCCGGCUGGCAGUGAGAUCACAAUCAGACAGCUGCUCGACGGCUUGAGUAGACUCAUGGGAGAUUUCAGAGGUGGCGAUCACCCAUACAAUGCGCGAUUUACAGCAGCGCUGCAAGCACUACAAUGA